UUUAAAUAAAAAAAAGAUAACUUAUGGACUAAGCCAAUAAAUUGCAAUAUUAGCAACAAGUUGAAAAUUAUCUUGAAAGAAACAAAGUAUAUCACAUCUUCGAAGAUCUACUCAAAUCUUUAAUUAUUAAAAAACCUGAUGAUCCAAUCUAGUUUCUAAUCAAUAAAUUACAAGAACCAGAAAGUAUAUAUGAUACCUGAAUCAAGCCAAAAAAAUCUUUGUGGUUGGUCCUCCUGGAUCAAAAUUAAGAGAAUUAUCACUUACAUUGGCUGAUUAUUUGAAUUUUCACAUCGUUUCUAUUGGAGACUUGAUUGAGAAGGAGUUAAGUAAAAAGUCUGAAUUGGUAUGCAUAUCAAUAUUACGUUUUAUUUAGAGCCAAUAAAUCCAAGAAUCUCUGGACAAAUUCUAAUAUGUGAGUGAUGAAAUUGUGAUCAACAUAGCACUUAAUUAAAUAAACCAUUUGGAAAAUGAAAAGAAAAGUUACAUCUUCGAAGGAUUCCCUAAAACUAGAGUCUAAGGUUUGGCACUUCAAAAGGAGGGGAUAAUACCCGAUGCAUUUCUUAUUUUGGAAAUGUCCCAAGAAAAGGUUUAUCAAUGUUGUCUUAAGAAAUUAGACUCAGAACCAUUUAAUAAACUAAACAAUAAAGAAGAUUUAGUAAAAAAUCACUCUUUGGAAUAUUAAUUGAACUUGAAAUAAGUCAAAGAAGUAUACAAGAACUAAUACUUCUCAGUUGAUGGAGAAAAAAACUAUGAACUAGAGGAUAUGGCAGUAUAUUUAUAAAAUUAAUUAUCUUAUAGCAAUUAUUGAAGUACAAACUCUACGAUAAUUCACCCAAAAGAGCUCUUAGAAUAGUUGUUAUUGGACCUCCUGGAUCUGGAAGAUCAACUUUAGCCAAAAAGUUAUCAAGCAAAUAUGGAUUUGUGUAUAUUUCAACAAGAGAAUUAAUUUCAAAUUUAGUAAACUAAAAAGGAGCAACAGGAAAAGAAGCAUUUGAGAAGGUGAGUAAAGGAGAUCUAGUUGAUGACAGAAUCGUGAAUGCUCUAAUAAAAGAAAGGCUUAAUUAGACUGAUUGCCAAUUGCAAGGCUAUGUACUAGAUGGUUACCCAAAAACAGAUAAGCAAUUGGAAUCUCUGAAUGAAUUGAAUGUUUAGCCAACUCUUAUAGUGAUUAUUGAUGCAGCUGAUGAUAUCAUCACAAGAAGACUGGUGUAAAGAAGAACUGAUCCAAUCACAGGAAAAUUGUACAAUUCCGUUGAUGAAGCAGAUAAGGAAGUGAGAUCCAGAUUGGUCAUAGCACCAAAUGAAAAAAGAGAGGUUGUUUAAUAGAGGUAUGAUUGAAUACUAUUGUAAAAUUAGACUGAAGGGAUGGGAUGAUUUAAAAUAAUUGAUAGAUAGUACUCCUAAAUAUGCAUCACUCAUUUACAAAGUAUCUGGAGAGAAUCCUUUGGAUAAUAUGAUAGAAUCAGUAUGUUAUCAUUUAGAGAAAAUGAAUUGA